UAGGGACACACAGCAAGAGAGGUGGAGCAAGGUCACUAAGCCAAGACCCCGGACACCACAGCUGCCAGGACCAUGGGCAGCAACAAGAGCAAGCCCAAAGACGCCAGCCAGAGGCGCCGCAGCCUGGAGCCCGCCGAGAACGUGCACGGGGCGGGGGGCGCCUUCCCGGCUUCGCAGACACCGAGCAAGCCCGCCUCCGCCGACGGCCACCGAGGGCCCAGCGCUGCCUUCGUAGCCACCGCGGCCGCUGAGCCCAAGCUCUUUGGAGGCUUCAACUCCUCGGACACCGUCACCUCCCCGCAGAGGGCGGGGCCUCUGGCAGGUGGGGUGACCACCUUUGUGGCCCUCUAUGACUAUGAGUCACGGACAGAGACUGACCUGUCCUUCAAGAAAGGGGAGCGGCUGCAGAUUGUCAACAACACGAGGAAGGUGGAUGUCAGCCAGACCUGGUUCACAUUCAGAUGGCUGCAAAGAGAGGGGGACUGGUGGCUGGCACACUCGCUGAGCACGGGACAGACCGGUUACAUCCCCAGCAACUAUGUGGCACCCUCCGACUCCAUCCAGGCUGAGGAGUGGUACUUUGGCAAGAUCACCCGACGGGAGUCAGAGCGGUUACUGCUCAAUGCCGAGAACCCAAGAGGGACCUUCCUGGUGAGGGAGAGUGAGACCACAAAAGGUGCCUACUGCCUCUCUGUAUCCGACUUUGACAAUGCCAAGGGCCUCAACGUAAAGCACUACAAGAUCCGCAAACUGGACAGUGGCGGUUUCUACAUCACCUCCCGCACCCAGUUCAACAGCCUGCAGCAGCUAGUGGCUUACUACUCCAAACACGCUGAUGGCCUGUGCCACCGCCUCACUACUGUGUGCCCCACAUCCAAGCCUCAGACCCAGGGCCUGGCCAAGGAUGCCUGGGAGAUCCCCCGGGAGUCCCUGCGUCUGGAGGUCAAGUUGGGCCAGGGCUGCUUCGGAGAGGUGUGGAUGGGAACCUGGAACGGCACCACGAGGGUUGCCAUCAAAACCCUGAAGCCAGGUACCAUGUCUCCUGAGGCCUUCCUGCAGGAGGCCCAAGUCAUGAAGAAACUGAGGCAUGAGAAACUGGUGCAGCUGUAUGCCGUGGUCUCGGAGGAACCUAUCUACAUUGUGACAGAGUACAUGAGCAAGGGGAGUCUGCUGGACUUUCUCAAGGGGGAAACUGGCAAAUACCUGCGGCUACCCCAGCUGGUGGACAUGGCUGCUCAGAUAGCCUCAGGUAUGGCCUACGUGGAGCGGAUGAACUAUGUGCACCGGGACCUCCGAGCAGCCAACAUCCUGGUUGGGGAGAAUCUGGUGUGUAAGGUGGCUGACUUUGGUCUGGCCCGGCUCAUAGAAGACAACGAAUACACAGCCCGGCAAGGUGCCAAAUUCCCCAUCAAGUGGACUGCGCCUGAAGCUGCUCUGUAUGGCAGAUUCACCAUCAAGUCAGAUGUGUGGUCCUUUGGGAUCCUGCUGACCGAGCUCACCACAAAGGGACGGGUGCCCUACCCUGGGAUGGUGAACCGUGAAGUGCUGGACCAGGUGGAGCGGGGCUACCGGAUGCCUUGUCCCCCCGAGUGCCCCGAGUCCCUGCAUGACCUCAUGUGCCAGUGCUGGCGGAAGGAGCCUGAGGAGCGGCCCACCUUCGAGUACCUGCAGGCUUUCCUGGAGGACUACUUCACGUCCACCGAGCCUCAGUACCAGCCUGGGGAGAACCUAUAGGAACUGUGUGCACGGGACUGUCGCCCCUAGGCUUCUGGGUGUGGCUUCUGAUGCACCUGCCUCCCUUCACUCUCUCUCUGGGGCUGGGUUGCCUCAGGGAUAGGGCAGCCUGGAAGGACAGGUUGAGGCUGGUACAGUGACUGUCCCACAGCCUGCCCUGGCCACAGGCCCACUCUGCAUUCUCUCUGGAGUCAGCCUACUUCUCAUAGAAGACACUGGGUGAAGAGCAGGGGUUGUGGGGGAGGGGUAGUUUUGCAACCUCAGCCCACUCCACUCACCUGGCUCCUCCCCACCUUCUUCACCCUGGGUCUGUUUCAAGCUGGCCAAAGAGCCUUUCCAAAGAGGAAUGAGGCCCAGCCCUUGGCCUAAAUGUACUUCCUGCCCCUGGCCAUCCUUGUUGGAGGCUUCUGGGUGAAAUUUGGGUCUGGAACCAUCUUCCAUGGCUCUCAGACUAGACAGCCCAAGGCCCAACACAAAUUGGGAUAAGAGUCUGAGUGAGCACUCCUUCAGCCCUGUCCUCCACAUGGGACCCUUGGCGAUCACCAACACAUUGCCCUCUUUUCUCUGUUGGAAAAAUGGAAUCCAGAGGGGCUGUGACUUGCCCAAGACCACGGGCAGUUCAGGGUUGAGGUGGGUUAGCACCUGGUGCUUGCUCUGUCUUCCUCAGGAACCAAUGAGAACUGUCCUUCAUGGCAAUGGACAGGCUGGGACCUGAGAAUGGUCUGCCGGUGGCAGAAUUCUGCCACUGACACUCAUGGGUCUGUCGUGGGGGAAGAAUGGAGGUGAGCAUGCCCCUGAGCCAGGAAUGAGGGGUGCAAAGUGAUGGUGUGGACCAGGGUCAGUAACGAUGUGGGUGGGUUUUGACCUUAAGCGCCAGCCAUGAAAUGGAGUGAGCUCCCAGGCUGCAGAGGCAAUCAAGUGGAAGAGCUAAGAAGUUGGGAGCCCUGGCUGUCCUCCUCCUCUUGUCCCAAUCAUUUCAACACCUGUCCCCUGCUCUCCGCCCAUGCUGGUACCUCAGCUCCUGGGGAGGGAGGGAGCUCCUUGGCCAGGGAAAGGUGGGCAGGGACCCUCACUGCUGUGCCCUGCCCUCUCUGAGCUACAGUCUCUGCCCCUGUGCCUGUGGUCCAUGCCAUUGUUCAGACCCUGUAUAGAUCACAGCUGGGAGUCCAAGGGGCCCACAGCCCCGGACAGCAGUCAGCUGACUGCUUGAUCCCUGACUCUUCUGCCCAGCCUUGCAGUAUGUGGUGGCUUCUCUCUGCCUCAGUGUCCCCAUCUGUAAGGUGGAUAGUUGAUGAUCUGUGGCAUCUCAACUGAGGGCCCCUGUGUGUGUGUGUGUGUGUACAUGUGCCUGUGUGUCUUUCCUUGUGUCCAUAUUUAACAUGUAAAAACACCCCACUCUCUCCCCAGACAUGACCAUUUCACCCACUACCCCAUCACAGCAAUAAUGUCCCCACUGCCGGGGCUUCGAGCCAGCCAGGCCCUGCUUGCGGGAAGGAGGCCAAGCUUGGCCUGCUCUGACAUUUCCCUCCCAUUGUCUGUUGCCCACGUUUUCCCAUCUGCCUGGCAAGUCUGAGCUUGACACCCUGUUCUCCCACCCCAUCCCAGCUACCCAAGGACCUUUGUGUACGGUGGCCUCAACUGUCCUGUUUCCUUUUCUUUUUUCUUUCCUUUUUUUAAAACAGUGUUUUGUAGAUUUCAGAUGACUAUGCAGAGGCCUUGGGGACCCUCCAGCUCUGGGCAGGACCUGGGGAUCCCACAUUCCGUGGCCCAGGUUUAGAGGGAGGGGAACCCAGAACUGGUUGUACAUACUUUGCAUACUGUCUGAUUAAACACAAGCAGACCUCA